UGCUGGCAGCUGGUACCGCGGCAUUGGCAUUGGCAUUGACGAUGGUGUUGGUUAAGGCCGUGGCUUCACCGAGCGUUGCAUUUUAGACUUGAGGAGUACCCGCGCACUCCGAUGCGGAGCUGCGACAGUGAGCCAUCCUCUCUCUCCCCCUCUGCUCGCCAGCCUUCUCGGCGUUUGCUUGCCCGCUAGUUGCCAACCGUGUCUCGUCUCCUCUGCUCCGCUUUCCCAGCCUUCUCCGUUCCUCGCUUGCUAUCGCCUCCUCCCUCGUUGCUCUUCGGCCUUCUUUCCUCCUCCCGUUCGCUUCCUCAUUUCUUUCAUGCCCUUCUCUCUCCGCUGCCAUCAUGGGGUUGAUGUCCAGACGAGUGCUGCCCGUCUGUGGCAGCAUGUGCGUUUGCUGCCCUGCCCUACGCGCUCGCUCUCGGCAACCUGUCAAGCGCUAUAACAUGCUUCUCGCUGACAUUUAUCCCAAAACCCAAGUUGAAGUCCCUAAUGAUCGCAAGAUUGGGAAGUUGGUGGAUUAUGCGGCCAAAAAUCCGUUGCGGAUUCCUAAGAUUGCAAGUGCCCUUGAGCAGAGAGGCCUCAAAGAGCUGAAGAAUGAGCACAUCGGGACUGUCAGGGUUGUCAUGCGCGCUUAUUCGAAGCUUUUCAUAGCCUGUAGGGAUGAAAUGUCGUUGUUUGCAAAUAAUGCCUUAAACAUGAUCAAGUCGCUUCUCGACCAACCUAAGCAUGACAGCCUGCGCAUCUUAGGCUGCAUGAUACUGGUGGAUUUCAUCCGGGUGCAGACGGAUGCCACAUACAUACGUAAUUUGGAUUCAAUGGUUCCAGUACUCUGCGCAUUAGCUCUUGAGCAUGGAGAUGAGAAAAAGCGGAUGCCAAUAAGGGCUGCUGCAUUACAAGCCCUAGCGGCAAUGGUAGGUUUUAUGGGUCAACACUCGCACAUUCCCCCGGAGUUUGAUGAGAUUGUUUCUGUAUCACUUGAGAAUUAUGAGCUCCCAUCCGAAGAAUUGGAAGCAAUAGAGAUUGAGAAAGGAGAAGCACAGCAACAGUGGAUGAGGGAGACGAUGAGAUCAGAGAGUCAUGCCCAUGCACUUCAUGUAAUGAGGGAGAAAUUGAACAAAUUGCAUCGGCAUAAGGCACACGAUAUUAUCAUGGAUCCUCUCAACUUGACUAGCGAGGAAGCAGACGCUCCUUCAGUGUGGUCCCAAAUCUGUAUCCAAAAUAUGGGAACACUUGCCAAAGAGGCAACAACUGUACGAAGGGUUUUGGAUCCAAUGUUCCGUUACUUCGACGCUAAGAAGCAUUGGUCUCUGGAGAGGGGACUGGCCCUGGUAAUUUUACAGAAUAUGCAAUUUUUGAUGGAACAGACAGGGAAUGGUCAAUUACUGUUAGCAGCACUGGUUCGACAUCUUGAUCACAAAAUUGUCGAAGAGAAGGUGGUUAUGAAGAGAAAUAUCGUGGCUCUUACUGCUGUUUUAGCGCGCCAAUCGAAGACAAAGGCCACAGUUGCUGAGGUGGGUGCCAUGAGCGACCUGUCAAGACAUCUACGAAUGAGUUUGCAGAUGUCCAUGCAAUCUUCAGUGCCGGGCAGUGUUUUUGAUGAAAAUAUUUCAUUACAAGCGGCCAUAGAAGAGUGCCUGAUGGAGUUCGGACGGAGGGUCGGAGAUGCGGGGCCUCUUCUUGACAUGAUGGCUGCCACUCUGGAGAAACUAUCAACCAAGGCCAUUGUUUCCAGAAGUACAAUACAGGCAGUCUCUGUGCUAGCCCUAGCUGUCGCUUACCUUCCCGACCACUUGUAUGCGCAUCAGGAGUUUCCAGAAUCCCUAUUUAACGAGCUUCUACAGGCAAUGUUGCAUCCUGAUCUGGAAACUCGCGUUGGAGCGCAUCGGAUAUUUGUGUUACUCCUGGUCCCAUCUGCUGCAUCCCAAUCUUCUCGUUAUGAACAGCAGUUCCUCCCUCGCACUGAUAUAUCAUCGCCUAGCCGAAGUAAGAAGAGGGUGUCUGCUUUCUCUUCAGCUGCUGCUUUGUUCGAAAGGCUGAGAAAAGACAGAAGCUUCGGUGGUAGUUUCCUAGAUAGUGACGAUGAGGAUGGAAAGUUAAAAAGCAAGACCAACAGUAUGGGCAGGGCGGUAGGUAAAACAGACAGCAUGGGCAAAUCUGAUUGGCAAUUCGAAGGACGUUCUGAUAGCUUUGGUCGCGAUGAAGUUCGAUCUGGGAGAGAGGAAAUCUCCAAUGGAGCUGCCAGCCCCAGCCGACUUCAAGCCUUUAGACUCAGCUUGGGUCGUUCUAUGGCACAUUUGCGAAAGCCUUCUACGGGCAACAGCAAAGAGACUGAGAUGGCUACAGCAAGGUUAAGUGGAAAUCAAGUGCAGCUUAUAUUUUCGACUCUUUGGUUGCAAGCAAAGUUGGCAGACAAUUGGCCCUCCAGCUACGAGGCUAUGGCACACACCUACAGUCUUGCCCUUCUUUUCUCAAGGCCAAUGAGUUCCAGUCACAACACCCAAUUACAAGCAAUACAGUUGGCCCUUAGCAUCAGGGACCUUGCACUCCAUUCAACUGGUGAUUCCCUCUCCCCGGCAAGAAAAAGAUCCUUGUUCACACUAGCUACCGGAAUGCUUGUGUUUGCAGCGAAGACUUACAAUAUACCUCAGAUAGUUGCCCCUGUCAAAGUUCCCCUUACAUCACUUGUGAAAGAUCCAUUUUUGGACCUGAGCGAGGAUAGUACUUUGACAGCAGCUAGCUCAGCUAUGCAUGCCCAUGGAUAUGCAACGGAGGCAGACGAUGAUGCCGCUUUGAAUUCGUUAAAUCUCAUUUCUCUUGUUGGUGAUUUAUCGAACGAGGCACUUGUUGCACGAAUUGUCGAGGCUUCUCAUUCCUCACCUGAGGUUGACGGUGCGGAUCUGAAGGAAAGGUUGACAGAACAGUUUGUACCGGCUGAUAACGAAAUCCUCAGGUCUCGGUUGUACUCGGAAUCCGUGAAUGCGCGAUCUGCCCAUGCCUCCCAAGAUUCCAUGUCUUUUGAUGAGACACUACUAUCAAAUGCAGUUUUAGAGGAUGAAAGCACCAGUGGAACAGGUUCAGAGCUACCACCUAUGCUAAGGGAUACUGCCAGCAGCGCGCCUGCCCAAGCACCUGGCGUGUCGCAGCUUCUGGAUUUGGCAAAUGAAACAGCUGGACAAGCUGGACUUACUCAUGCUCCGAGCGGUCCUCUGUCGUAUUCUGAUACUGCAAACCAGUGUGAAAAGUUUGGAGUGGGUGCUCACAAGAAGAUGUCUGCUGUUCUAAAGAUGGACAGCCAUGGCAAUGCCCCUUCUACAAAUGCACAUCCCAACACUAAGGAUUCCUACAGGACGAAUGGCUUAGAAAGCACCGAGUUGGACAAAAUUGAUGAACAUCAGGAAGCACGACACGCAAGUAAUUCCAAAAGUCAAAGUCCCGAAUCGAAACCCACAUGGUUGGCGUCACCGAAUGUCGAAGACCUAAAAUUACCCCCGUCAAGUCCAUAUGACAAUUUCCUAAAAGCAGCUGGAUGUUAAUAACUGUGCUCAUUGUCUUGCGAAGUAUUUGCCGCUCCUUUUAUGUGAAGUAAAUAUUGUCAUCCAGAUUGGUCUUAGGGUAGUUAUUAAUUUAGGUAUCUGAUAGAGGUUUUCCUGAACGCUGAAUCGUUCUUGUCUGCAGCCGUGAAAUCCUGAAUGGCAGCUCCAUUAUAUGCAUUGUUAGCGGCAAGUGCAUUCAAUUCGCAAGCCGUCCAAUGCACAUCUCGAUUCUGGCGUUGUUGAGGUUAUAAUACUAGAUAGGAAUUCUAAAUAUACCGAUUUACGAAGUUUGAAAUUCUUUCGGGGAGAAGCUCACUUUGGGGUUGUACCCUGCUUCUACCUCCACUUCCAUUAUGUGUUUGUGGUUAUCCUUUGUAAUGACAAACAUAAUGUAGAAGUUGUAAAUACAAACAAGACACUUAGCAAGCUGCAAGUGAGGUGUGA